CAGUAUUCAAAAAUAAACAACAAAUCCGUUGAAUAAUUAUUUCUCAAUGAUUACUCUCAUCAUCUUCACUAUUCUAACCAUCAACCACUUUCCGGCCACCGGUGUUUCAACCCUCAAAGUUGGCGACCAACUCAACCACACUUCUCAACUUGUGUCCCCUAAUAACAACUUCACAUUAGGAUUCUUUACUAUACCCACAACAAACAACACAUAUUUAGGAAUCUGGUACACAAAUGAUGAAAAAUCACGAAGAGUAUGGGUAGCCAACCCAUCCACUCCGAUCACAUCAAGCUCAACCCUCCUUAUGAUAGAUCCGUAUCUUGGUCGGAUAAUCAUUGCUACAACAGGAGGAACAGUCAUUGUAAACAUCUCAGAUAACAAUAAUAAUAAUAAUAAGUUCGGUCAGACGACAAACUUGACUGCAACUCUACAAGACACUGGUGAUUUCCAGCUGAAGAAUGAAACUGACAAUAGAAUUAUAUGGAGAAGUUUUGAUCACCCAACUAAUGUGUUUCUACCUGGUAUGAAGCUCGGGUCGGAUCUUAAAACGGGUAGGAACUGGAACUUGGCUUCUUGGUUAAGUGAAGAAGUGCCUGAUGUUGGUGCUUUUAGUUUGAGUUGGGUUUCUAAUGGAGAAAAUUCGCAGAGGUUGUUGGUUCAACAACGCGGGCGGCCGUAUUGGACGAGUGGGGAUUUAAGAGAUCAAAUGUUUGAGUUUAUGAAUGUAAAUGAUUUACUUUUGUCAAGGUAUAAUCUGCAUUAUGUGUAUAAUGAUGAAGAAAGAUACUUUAGUUACGAGAGUGUUAAUAAUAUUCAUCCUAUGUGGAUUUUGAGACCACAGGGGCGGAUUGUGGAUGGGAAUGAUCGUAGGCUUUCGGCUAAUGAUUUGUGUUACGGGUUUGAUUCGGGUAACGGGUGUGUGGCGAGUUCUGCUACGCCUAAGUGUUGGAGUGAGCGUGAUAGGUUUAGUACUUUAAGUGGGGAUUUUGUAAGUGAUGUGAUGCGUAGAGUGGUUGAUGAUAAUUCGAGUUUAAGUAUUGGUGAUUGUAUGGUGAAGUGUUGGAAUGAUUGUGGGUGUUUGGGGUUUGUCAGUGUAGGGAAUGGAACUGGAUGUAUAAGAUGGACCGGGGCGAAAUCAGUUGGUAACUUUUCGGUUGAUUCUCAAGGAAAUGCUGUUACAAAGUUUGUGCUUGUUUCUACCAAUCUGAGCAAAGGAAAUGAUGCUAAAAUCUUGAUUUGGGCACCUGUUGUUGCUGGCAUUUGUCUACCAUUUUGCUUUGGUCUAUUGUCGUAUGUAAGAACAGAAAGCUUAAACGAGAAGAGAGACAAAAAAGAGACGACAGACGUAUUCUUGAUGAUGGCUAACGAAAGCUUCAGGAAUUCAAGUGAUAUUGAAAGUGACGGCAAAAAAGGAAGUGAUGUGAUGCUGUUCAGCUUUGCUGCAAUAGUAACAGCCACAAAUGAUUUCUCUGACCAAAAUAAGCUAGGAAAGGGUGGUUUCGGACCCGUUUAUAAGGGGAAACUUAGUGAUGAACGAGAAAUUGCAGUUAAAAGGCUUUCAAGAACAUCAGGACAAGGGCUUGUGGAAUUCAAGAAUGAACUCAUACUUAUUGCCAAACUUCAACAUACAAAUCUUGUCAGGGUUCUAGGUUGUUGUAUUCAUGGAGAAGAAAAGAUGUUAAUUUAUGAGUACAUGCCCAAUAAAAGCUUAGAUUAUUUCCUCUUUGAUGAAACCCGGAAGGCAUUGCUAGACUGGCCAAAAAGAUGGAACAUCAUUGAAGGAGUUGCUCAAGGACUACUUUACCUACAUAAAUACUCGAGAAUGCGCGUUAUCCAUAGAGAUCUCAAAGCUAGUAAUGUUUUGCUAGAUGAAAGUAUGAACCCCAAGAUAUCUGACUUCGGUAUGGCAAGAAUUUUCAAGCAAGAUGAGACUGAAGCAAUUACCAAAAGGGUAGUCGGUACAUAUGGUUACAUGUCCCCCGAGUAUGCAAUGGAAGGGACUUUCUCGGUGAAGUCUGACGUCUUCAGCUUUGGAGUCUUGAUCCUUGAGAUCGUGAGUGGAAGAAGAAACGCUAGCUUCUCUCAUCUUGACAAAACGACGAAUCUAGUAAGAUAUGCAUGGGAGCUAUGGCAACAAGGGGAUGCAGCACAGUUGCAGGAUCCAACACUAGGCAAUAGUUGCGUCAUUGACCAACUCUUGAGGACCGUUCACGUAGCGCUUCUCUGUGUACAAGAAAAUGCAGAGGAUAGACCAGUAAUGUCGGAUGUGAUCUCUAUGCUUACGAAUGACACUAUGCAGUUACCUGCCCCAAAACGGUCAGCGUUCUUCUUUGGCAGAACCGUAUCAAUGUCAACUUCAGUUGAAAGAAAGUCAAAGGACUAUUCUCUGAACAAUAUGAGCGUUACGGUAAUGGAGGCUUUAUAGCAUGUUAUUAACAGCCGUCUAUCGGAUUCCCAAAUCUACACCGAGAUCCUUGAUGAUAACAGGCAGUCAUGUUUCUUAUAUUGAUUUUUAUUGGUUUUUAUUACUAUAAAUUUCUGUAAACAUGAUCUGUUUUAUAAACAUUAUGUUUUUCAGAAUAUAACUAUUCUUUAUAAUAAAUUUUAACAAAAGAGUUGAAUUUUUA